GGUCAUAAAAUCAGACAACUUCAUCUUUCAAUGCGUCCUAGCAUUCAAAUGAAAAAGUAAGGCAUAAAAAUGUUUUUUUUAACCACACAAGGCCUACACUCACUCGGUGCUCAAUUAACUGGCGCCUCUAAAUUGCAGUUACAACACAAGGCCAAACAGUGAUUGGCAAAUAUGGCGGAUUGAAACUGACUUCAAAAAAUGCCGUCCCUGGUGCCGCCGGAGUUAGACCAUGGCCCUGCUCAACUCAUCUCGCCGACUAGGCCUGAGCCUGCGGAGCGUGGCGACGCCGGCGGCGGCGCGAUGCAGCUCCUGGUGGAGUAACGUCGAGAUGGGGCCGCCGGACGCCAUCCUCGGCGUCACGGAGGCCUUUAAGCGCGACACCAACCCAAAAAAGAUCAACCUGGGCGUCGGCGCCUACCGUGACGAUAACGGCAAGCCGUUUGUGUUGCCGAGCGUGCGCACCGCCGAGAAGGAGCUGGUGGAGGCCAUGAUGGACAAGGAGUACGCCGGCAUCACGGGCCUGCCCGACUUCUGCACCAUGGCCGCCAACCUGGCGCUGGGCGAGGGCAACCGCUGGGUGCAGGACGGGCUCAACGUCACCACCCAGUGCAUCUCGGGCACGGGCUCGCUGCGCGUCGGCGCCGAGUUCUUCUCAAAGUUCUUCACCGGCCCCAAGGUCGUGUGGCUGCCCACCCCCACGUGGGGUAACCACAUUCCCAUCUUCAAGCACGCCGGCAUGGAGGUGCAGCAUUACCGCUACUACGACCCCAGCACGUGUGGCUUCGACUUCGAGGGCGCCAUGCAGGACAUCGCUAAGAUGCCGGAACGCUCACUCAUCAUGUUGCACGCCUGCGCGCACAACCCGACCGGAGUCGACCCGCGGCCCGAGCAGUGGAAGGAGAUGUCCAGCCUCAUCCGCAAAAAGAACAUCUUCCCCUACUUCGACAUGGCGUACCAGGGCUUCGCGUCGGGCGACUGCGAACGGGACGCGCAGGCCGUGCGCCAGUUCCUUGACGAUGGCCACUGCAUCGCGCUGUCGCAGUCGUUCGCCAAGAACAUGGGCCUGUACGGCGAGCGUGCCGGCGCCUUCAGCCUGAUCUGCUCGGACAAGGAGGAGGCGGCGCGGGUCAUGUCCCAGGUGAAGAUCCUCAUCCGGCCGAUGUACUCCAACCCGCCCAUCCACGGCGCGCGCAUCGUCAGCAAGAUCCUGGGCACGCCGGCGCUGAAGCAGCAGUGGCUGGGCGACGUCAAACUCAUGGCCGACCGCAUCAUCGGCAUGCGCACCAGGCUGCGCGACGGUCUGGCGCGCGAGGGCAGCACGCGCAACUGGCAGCACAUCACCGACCAGAUCGGCAUGUUCUGUUUCACGGGCAUGAAGCCGGACCAGGUGGGGCGGCUGACAAGCGAGUUCAGCGUCUACCUGACCAAGGACGGCCGCAUCUCCAUGGCCGGCGUCACGUCCGGCAACGUCGACUACCUGGCGCACGCCAUGCACCAGGUGACCAAGUAGGACGGCCGCAGCACCGGCAGGUUGGUAGGUGCGAGCGACGAGAGGUGCUCAGGUGGCGGCCGCUGCGACAGCGCGCUGCGUUGUUAUAAAUGUCGCUGAUGGAUGCGGUGACGGUCUCUGUGAUGCAGUGACGGCCCCUGCGACCCAGUAACUGUCUUGAUAACAGUGACGGUCUGUGUGACAUAGUGACCGUUUCUGUGACGCAGUGACGGUACCUGUGACACAAUGACGGUUUCUGUUACGCAGUGACGCUCUACAGUCUACGCUGCCAGACUAGUUUAUUUUACGGAUGUGGCACGAUGGGAUUUCCACGACGGAGAGUCUGUCAACGCGAAUGUCUCUGCUUUUUUAAAGCAAAUAGGGUUUUCUCUUGGCAGUGAAAAGUGUGUUAUUUGGAGGUAUUUCUGUGUAAAGGAGGAUGAUUGUAGAAUACAUUACGAUUGGCGCGGUGUAAUUGCUGCGUUUUUA